AUGAUAAACCCCGUGGAGCGCACGGGCGAGUUCCUCGCCGCGCUCGCCUCGCACCACAACGUGUCCGACAAGACCAAGCCUCUCGUGCAACGCCCCGAUCCGUCCACGCAGCACGAGUUCACGCAGCUCGCCGUGGAGCUGACGACGCGCAUCGCUGAGAUGCAGACGUUUGUGUCUAAGUGUCAGCGACGGUAUGAAGACUUCUCGCCGCGCGGCAUGAAGGAUGCGGAGCGCGACGAGAUCGACUCGGCGGUGGCGCAGUUUCUGCGUACGGCGAUGGCGCAAAUCGACGUGCUCAAGGCGGACGCCGUGCGCGCACUCGAGCAACGCACCGGCGGGUCGUUCCCGGCGCAUCAGCUGGGCGUGGUCGUCAUUUUGAACGAGGACCUGCAGGGCGUGAGCAAGCUUUCGGAGGGACUGCGCGGCGUGCGGAUUAGACGGGCGAUUUCGGAUAAGAGUAAGGUCACGGUCAAGUAUAACGCGGACGUGGCGCGGGAGAUGGCAGCGGAGAGGAGGGAGCGGGAGAGGCGGGAGGGCGGGACGGAGGAGGACGACGAGGGGUUGGCGGUGCUGGAGCAGGCGUUUGAGCGAGAGAACGAGGCGCUCGUGACAGAGCUGGUGGAGACGCGGGAGCAGGUGCGGGAGGCGGAACGGACGGUGUUUGAGAUCGCCAAUUUGAAUCAUGUGUUCGCAACCAAAGUGUUGGAACAGGCGAGGGAGAUUGAGACAUUGUAUGAACUGGCAGUGGAAUCAACGGAGAAUGUGGAAAGGGGGAAUAGAGAACUAAGGAAGAUGAAGAGGAGGGGGCCGUUGUUGCAGUAUGGGUUUGCGUUGUUUGCAGUGUUGUUGACACUGGCGAUUUUGUUUUUGGACUGGAUGGCGUCGAGGCGUUCUUUUUUCUUUAUAUAA